AUGAUUGCUGUGAGUGUUGAGUCGCUCUACAAUUGUUUCGAUACUAUAUCAAAUGAAAAGUCUUCUGAUGUUGAGAAAAGUAAUGCUUUUCAAAUUAUUCUUCUAGGCAGCAAAUGUGGGCCAAACGAGAAAAGACUUUCAUCUCAACUUAUAGGCAGAUUCUUCAAGUUAUUCAAAAAUGAACAAGAAAGUAGUUUUAAUCACUUGUUGGAUCUCUGUGAUGAUGAAGACCCGAUAAUACGCAUGCAAGCAGUUCAUGAUCUCCUGCAAAUAUGCAAGUCGGAGCCUGCGUAUAUCUCGCGUGUUUCAGAUGUUCUGAGUCAAAUGUUCGCGUCUGAUGAUGCAUCGGAACUUCACGUUAUUACCUUAGUUAUGUUUAAUUUACUUGAAAUGGACCCCAGCGGCACACUUGCUGGCAUUUUCAACCACAUAAUAUCGGAUGAUUCUGGGAUUCAUAGAGAGAAUCUGGUCAAAUUUUUGAUGGCCAACUUGAAGCGUCUUCCUGAUGGAAAAAUAUCAUCAGAACUAGAGGAAUUCAUUAUUCAACAAUCAAAUAAAUUGCUGCCAAUUGUCUCUGGAAGUGGAUUCGUGCAACUUAUAUCCCUUAUUUCUUCGUUGAAGUCUACGACGUCGUUACAAGCACGCCAGAGCUUGGUUAAUAAGAUUACUGAUCAUGUCGUUCAGUCUAUACCAGUUUUUAAUCCACAGGUUGUGUCAUCUGUCACACAUAUACGGGAUUGCGGAAAACAAGUGGUACAGCUUUUGUCGAAAAACGUUUCCGCAGGUGGGUUUCUAAGGUACGUGCUCGUGAAAGUUAUCCCCAAAGUAUCAUUGGUGAAGAAUCCAUCUGACCAACGAAGUAUAUUGCAGCUGUUGGCUGAAUUUAGUGCUCAUCCUGGAGUUACUUUUCGGUCUGACGAAAAAACGCAUACCCUGUUACCUUUGUACAAUUUUUUGAUGGAACUCUUGCCCGAACCGUCUUCGGGCCAGGAACUAAUAAUCACUCUCGAGGAUAGUGGCUCUAAAAAACUUUUGGUUCCUGCUUUUGCUGAGGAAUGUUGCAUUUACUCCCUGUUAAGCCUCCUUAGAUUUAAUCCCAAGUUCCUUUGCACUACGGAGGCUGGGGACGAUGAGGCAGCAAGAGAAGGAUGUUUUCGUCUUCAAGCGUUGAGACAGAAAGUCCAAUACACGGCGCGCCUAAUUCGUUCAUACAGAGCCUCCAUCAUUGCUGAAUUACAAGCGACAUUCCGAAUAGAGGGGCUGUCCCCUGUGAUGCUAGCCGAGGAAGCCAGACGGGCUCUUGAAAACAUCGAGAAGAUGGUACGGUGUCUUUUUCGCCCCCGGGUAGAGCCAGAGCAUCUAAGCGACCUUACUCUCUCGUGGGUCGAUACAACGUCGACAUUAAAACGUCCUGCUCCGUCUACGACGCUGGUCGGUUCUCACAGUGCGGCCAAACAAAGUCCUCCAAAACUGCAACGGCACUUUCCAGUAACGGGCCGUCGAUUUGGCGGCUUUCAGGUUGGUCGGGGUCGCGCUCGUGGCAGCGGUCGACGUCGUUUCUAG